UGACAUCGGUCUGACUGACGUAAAGUCUUACGUUAAUGGUUGGAGUGCGGGAAGGAGAGCUGGAGGAAGAACCGUUACAGGACGUAAAAGAAGGUAAGCGACAUCUUUGUCAAGCGUAAUUUGGGUAAAACUUUGUAAAAAUUUAGAUGGCGUGUGUUUAUGUUGGUUCAGAUACUUUUUUUUUUUGAAGAAACUGGUCGGCAUAUCUAGCUUCAUGUGCUAGCUUCAUGGCCACAUGUGGCCAUGAACUUGUUAUGAUUAGCUAACAUUAACUGGUAACUUAUUGCGGUAAUAUCUUUAUGUAAAGAAUAUGCACUUUGGGAUUAUUUUUUUUCACAAACAGUGAAGUGAGUAAUACUGAACUCCAUUGAAAAAAACUUCAAAUUAACACAACGAUGAUUGUGAUGGAUCGCCUGCUAGCCGGUCAUUUAAGUUACAUUGUUACCGAAAUUAGUCCAUAUUUACCUACAAAAUAUGUGCCGAAUUACAUUGAAGUGGCUAAUGAAUAUUAUUUUUUCAGUAUUAUCCAUGUUGUUUAUCCUAAGACUGCUCUAAACAAGACUUGUUGUAAAUGGUGUAUGUUUAUAAGGGAGCAGGCAGCUGGACAGAGUUCAGUAUCUCCAGCACACACCUCCAGCGUUUCAGAGCAGAAUGGAUGGCCCAGCAGGAAAUGCCAAAAAAGAGAUGCCAAAAAAAGAGAUGCCCAAAAGAGUGCGAUACCCACCGAAGAAGUUGCGUUUUUAUGAACCAGACCCUGGCUCACCCAAAGAUGACUCCGAUGGACUUUUUGUAUUUUUGACCUUUGAAGAUGGAUACACGGCAAAGAUAUUUAAUGUCUGUGAUAUACUAAGCAAAGAUGAUAAACCCACUGCCUGCCUUAGAGAUCUGAAGCCAGGGGAAGAAGUACUUGCAAGAUGGUCCGACAGCAAGUUCUACCGCGCCACAGUGGACUUCGUUGGAACAGAUAACAAGACAGUGGAUGCCAAGAAGGCCACAAAGAAAGACAUGAAAAAAAGAGAUGCAGCUGCUCAAAGAUUCUACAACCUUCCAUCACUACCUCAAGCAGGUCAGUCCACCUCUGUACAGGAUCAUCCAAAUACUGUGGCCCACAAUGUCAUCCAGCCUCCAACUACCUGGCCAGUGUACCAACCUCAACCUAUCGAGUCAUCUUUACCUAUCCAGCCACAGCACCAGCCUGUAACUGCCUGGCCACAGUACCAGGUUCCAGUUUCCCAGUCAUCGCCACACACGCAUCCAUGUUACCAGCAUCCACCUAUCCAGCCACUCCACCAGUAUGCACCCACUCUGUCUCCAGUCACACAUUGUUCCAACCUUUCGCAGUAUCCAAAGCAUCACCAACCUCACACGGCACUGCCCACAUCUUCAGACCUGUCACAACAACCUGUUUUGGUGGAUUUGGAUCACCGAAGACAGCCACCAGCUCCUACUGUAACACCCAAAGAAAGCUUUCUCAAAAUGUUGUACAGUCCUAAUAAAAACCAAAAACCUGCUGUUCUUGGGGAUCAGAGCCAGCCUAGUACGUCUGAACAUGAGACUUCUUCAAGCUCGUCAUCUGCAGAUACUUUAAUCAUCGAGCGUGAUCCACUUCCAGAAUAUGGAGAGCCAGUUUUCAGUUUGCCUGAAUCAAGAGAAGACAGAUCAUGGAAGCCAUGCAGGGCAUGCAAGCCAGAGGUGGAAAAAUUAGUGGAGGAGAAGGCCAAACUGCAGGAUGUGCUGUGCGGUAUAAGUGGUGAGCACCUCGAGGCAUUAAAAAGCUUUCUGAACAAAGUGGAACAGAUCCAACCUCAGGCUGGUGUUGGGGCUCCAGAACACAGAUCUGGGAAGCAAGAGCUGUAUCCAGAAAGUGGCCUAUUCGUGUCUUCUACCCGCCUGGCUGCAAUACAUGCAGAAGCAAAGAAGGACUGCCUCCGAUUGUUCCAUCUUCUUUUUGAUGAGUUCUUUACUGCAGCAGAGUGCCGAAAUGCUGUGGCCUUUGGGAAGCACGGGAAGGUGCCAGAUGGGAAGACAGUCCUGGAUAAGUUCAAGGUCAAUGGGAUUCUAACUUACAUCAUGCGCUGUAGUACCCUGGAUGGAUGGACACCUGUGGAGAAAAGUAAGGUCAAAAAAGGCUUCAUAAACAAAUGCCGCAUCAGGGCCACAACACUGUAAAGUAUUGGAUGUGGCACACUGAGACAUUUGUUGAAAUGACCAUG